UGAGGACUUGUCGCUGUUGGCUGUCUGUCCCGAUCCCGCACCCUCGCACCGCGUGCUGUCGCCCAGUGACCGCGUGCUCCUCCGGUCGGCCGGGCUGCAGGCCCUAGCGGCGGGCGCCAUGCAUCGGGCGCGCCCCGCGCUCUGGGCCGCCGCGCUCACCGCGCUGGCACUGUUCCGCGGGCCGCCGGUGGCGCGGGCUGGCGCGGGCGCGGUGGGCGCGGGCCCCAUGGUGCGCUGCGAGCCGUGUGAUGCGCGUGCGCUGGCCCAGUGCGCGCCUCCGCCCACCGCGCCCGCGUGCGCCGAGUUGGUGCGCGAGCCGGGCUGCGGCUGCUGCCUGACGUGCGCGCUGCGCGAGGGCCAGCCCUGCGGCGUCUACACCGAGCGCUGCGGCUCGGGCCUCAGUUGCCAACCGCAGCCCAACGAGGCGCGCCCACUUCAGGCGCUGCUGGAUGGCCGCGGGUUUUGUGUCAACGCCAGCGCCGCCAGCCGCCUGCGCGCUUACCUGCUACCCGCACCGUCCGCUCCAGGAAAUACCAGUGAGUCAGAGGAGGACCGCAGCACUGGGAGUGUGGAGAAUCAGGCUGUCCCCAGUACACACCGGGUGACUGACUCCAAGUUCCAUCCCCUCCAUACAAAGAUGGACAUCAUCAAGAAAGGCCACGCCAAGGACAGCCAGCGCUACAAAGUCGACUAUGAGUCGCAGAGCACAGACACCCAGAACUUCUCCUCUGAGUCCAAGCGGGAGACAGAAUAUGGGCCCUGCCGUCGGGAGAUGGAGGACACACUGAAUCACCUGAAAUUCCUCAACGUCCUGAGUCCCAGGGGCGUCCACAUCCCAAACUGCGACAAGAAGGGAUUUUAUAAAAAGAAGCAGUGCCGCCCUUCCAAAGGCAGAAAGCGGGGCUUCUGCUGGUGUGUGGACAAGUAUGGACAGCCCCUCCCAGGCUACAACACCAAAGGGAAGGAUGACGUGCAUUGCCUCAGCAUUCAGAGCCAAUAGAUACCACUACCCCACUUCCUGUGGAGCUCCAAUACGCCUUAUUUUGCACAAAAGACUGCCACGGACCUGAUCAGCAGCUGGCUACAGCCUUGAUUUGUAUUCCUUUUUGUGGUGAACUGAUUUUUUUUUUUUUAAGAAAACCAAAGUUUAGACAGAUUUUUGAAAUGCCUAUGGUUCCUUUAAAUGGUAAACGUGAGCACCUCUCCGCUUUCAAGUAGUCAGCAGAAAACAGUUUGAAUUUUCCUGUUGCUUCCUAUAAAAACACUCACCGACUGGUGCCCAAGAACUUGGACUUCAUCCCCCUCCUGGAAUCCUCUCCCCCAUUUUGCCAGGUGGCCAACCCCCUGCUUUCCUGACCUCAGCAGCUGUGUUGCUGAUAUAGAGAACACACUCCCUCUUUCCCAUCCUCUGAAAAAUGAGCUCAGACCUUCCUGAGAAUAGGAUGACACCUGGACAUCCUGACGCACCCUCCUGAGGCUCACAGCCCUCCUGGUACCAUCUUUGACUUUGACCAUGAAGAUUGUGACCUGAUGUGCUUGGGAACUGUUAGACAGAAUCAAGUGGAGUCUUACUUAUUAAAAAAGAAUUGUUCUAGAGCACUUCGGCAACCUGUGAAGUCAGGUGACUCUGACCUCCCUCUGUCAGGCAGCUUCCUGAGGACGUAGCCCAGUGGAAGGCCACCCCGGGGUGGUCUUCACUGUGGUCCCACAGGCAGGAGGGGCAGCUGGCCUCAGCCUCCAUGUCCAUGUUCAGAGGCAUCACAUAAUGACAUAAUCCUUCAGAUGACUGCAUAAAUGGUAAUUUCUAGUUCAAUCCCUCAAAAAAAAGUUUAUUUUUGAGGAUGAAGUCUUUAAAGGCAACAGUUUGUUUUUGUCUCUCAUCUUUAUCCUUGGCACAAUGUUGAAAAUAUAUGUAUUAUCAAAACAGGAAAGAUGAAUGGCUUGUUGGGGUGCCUGGCAAGGACACUGGGAACACAUAGAGAAUAACCUGUGUUGGUUGAACUUGGAGUCCUUCUCAUACUUUCUUUAUAACGCACACAUAUAUAUGCAGAGAAGAUACAUUCUUAAUUAAAUGUUAACAUUGUAUGCAACAUAGCCCAAAUAUUAUAGGAUCUAUACUAGAUAAUCCUAGAUAAAGUGUUACAGAUACUAGAUGUUAUAACCAUGGCCAUGACCAAGGAAAGGAGCCCAUGUCCGGAGGCUGAGCUCCAAUCCCAAAGGCCAAACCCAAGGAAGUUGGUGACAUUGGGUACAAGGAGACUCUGCCCUGCCCCCACCAUGGCCCUUGGGGUGGAAUGCACGCUGCACAGAGCGCUCCUUGAGAGACAAUCCUGCCUACCUAUUAGCUUUUCUUUAUUUUUUUAAGUUUUUGGGGGAAAAAAAGUAUUUUUGGAAAGUUUGUCUUGCAAUGUAUUUAUAAAUAGUAAAUAAAGU